AUGGGCAGAAACGUGAUAGCACUAGAUGACCUCACAGUGAACAACGUCGGCGUGUUCAAAAAGAUAAACAACGUGGUGCUCGCAUGCAAAUACCCAGAAGAAUGGUACCAGCAAUCGCUCGACUCGCCCGAUUCGCUAGUGCAAUUGGCGUUUUACGCCGAAUUGCCAGUCGGCGCAAUCAAGGCCAAGUCGUUCAAUAACAACAUGAGCCAUCCCACAUUUAAUGAGCUGGCCAACUCGUCCAAGAUCUUGCAGAAGGCCCCCAAUUGCGUCUAUAUUGAGAGUCUCGCUGUGCUCGAUAAAUACAGGGAUUUGGGGAUCGGGCUGCAGUUGGUGGAGUGGUUGGUGGAGCAGACUAGAAAUCGAUUCAUUCAUGAGAUCAUGAUCCACGUGGAGGCACGCAAUUCAAAGAUUGUUGAAUGGUACGCCAAGAGAGGAUUCGUCAAGGGUGAGAUUGUGGUGGAUUACUAUAAAGAUCAAGGGUUGCAGGAUCCUGAUGCCUUGAUUAUGAAACGUACAAUUUAA